AUGGAGAGAUCAGACUUCAAAGUAGAUACUCAGCUUCUGGUCAAUUCCGAAGGGAGACAUGUUUUUGUCCCUGUCUCCUUGCUAGCUCUUGGGCCCGUGAACGAAGUCAUCGGACUAGAGUAUCAACCCCCCGGAGCCUCUAGCUCUGGCAAGAUGGGCAAAAAGCGCCUGCCAUGGGAAGCACAAAAAGUUAAUCUCGACCAUUACUAUAUGGUCACAGAUAAACCCGAAGGCCAGCACAUCUUUGCCCAUGCCAUCGCAAUUUGCAGUCACAAGAAGUACCCUGACGGAGUACCUCCCUUGGGAGUACCUCCCCUGGGAGAAGACAUUAUCCAACAUUCUAUGGAUGAUCAGUUCCUCUUUGAGGAUACCUCGAAAGGCCAGGAGACCUUAUAUGCAAAAAGAGAUCUCAGAGUUCAAGUGUUUUCCUUAAACACUGCCGAGAUUGGAUUCGUGAAUGCCACCUGCCUGGUAUUCUUCCCGCACUACAAGGUUGCCAAAAGUUUCAAGUGGGACACUGCGGAUCGUAGCCAGGUUGAAAAUAAAGUCGGCGAUAUUUUCACGAUUGGGCAGAGAUCAUGGAUCAUGAGCUGGACCCCAGAAGGCACGAGCAAGAGCACACCCCACCUGUGCACAUUUGGCCGGAACAUGAUCACACGCUACUCGGGCGUGGUGCCCAUGGAUAAGUUGGUCGAGCUUGAACCCCACGAGCUUGAGCAGUGGAGAAAUCAGAACGCACUCCCUGCAGCUGCCUGGUCAGCCGAGCAGUAUCAGAAUGAACUCCCUGCCUGGUUCAUCGAGCAUCAAAAUCACACCGGCGCAUGCUGUAAGCACGGCGAGGGCGCCUGCUUAGCAGAUGGAGGCCCAAAUAUUUUGGAGCAGAUGCGCCGUGAGAAUGGGAUCCCCCCAUGGCCAGAUAAUGAGGUGAUGAUGGAGGGCGAGGAAGAGCUCGAGGGUUUGAGGCACAUUAUAUUCUCACAGUCGAACCUCAAUACGCUUGAGUAA